AUGCAAGUAAAAGAAUGUGCAGAUGGAGGGAGAGUAGUGGUACAGGUGGAGGACAAAGUGGUUCGAGUAAGAAAUGUGAAGUUGGAUGGGCGUCUGGAUGGCAGAACAGAGGCUCCAGGUGAUUGCAGAGAACGGCUGUUGGAAUUUGGCUUUGAUUACUGUUACUGGUCCGUGAACCCUGACGCACCCAACUAUGCCUCACAAGAGCAGAUAUUCCAGGACCUGGGCAUGUCUGUACUGGCUGGGGCAUCUGAGGGCUACAACGUAUGUCUGUUUGCCUAUGGACAAACGGGCUCAGGGAAAACCUACACCAUGAUGGGCACUCCAGACUCUACUGGAUUGACUCCUAGGAUCUGUCAAGGACUUUUCCAGUCUGAUAUGGAAACAUCUGAUGGACAAAACUGCAGGGUUGAAGUUAGUUUUUUAGAGAUCUAUAAUGAGCGGGUACGUGAUUUGUUGAGAGGGACAGACCAGAAAAAGCCGCCACCCCUUCGUGUAAGAGAGCAUCCUGAAAAAGGGCCGUAUGUGCAGGGUCUCUCUCUGCAUGUGGUAGAGGACUACAAGCAGGCCAUAGAUUUGCUAGAAAUGGGAAUUGCUAAUCGAAUUACAGCUGCUACACAUAAUCAUGAUGCCAGCAGUCGAUCACAUGCCAUCUUCAGCAUCCAGUACUCACAGGCUAUUCUAGAGAAUAAUCUUCCAUCCGAAAUAGCAAGCAAGAUCAACUUAGUGGAUCUGGCUGGCAGUGAGAGAGCAGACCCUAAUUACUGUCGAGAUCGGAUUACUGAAGGAGCAAACAUCAACAAGUCUCUAGUCACACUGGGAAUUGUAAUCUCUGCUCUUGCCCAGAAUUCUCAGAUGUGCAGUAGCAGUCAGAGCAUUAACAGCAUGUUGAGUGAAGGGGAAGCCAGCACUGUUGGCAGUCAGUCCAGCUCUCUGUCCAGCAGCAGCCGCAGACACUGCUUCAUCCCCUACAGGGACUCUGUUCUUACCUGGCUCCUUAAAGACAGUCUGGGUGGCAACUCCAAAACUAUCAUGGUUGCAACCAUCUCCCCGUCUUACAGCAGCUAUAAUGAGACUCUCAGCACUCUCCGCUAUGCAGCUCAUGCCAAGAACAUUGUCAAUAAGCCAAGAGUCAAUGAGGAUGCCAAUGUGCGGCUGAUCAGGGAGCUUCGUGAGGAGAUUGAUCGGCUGAAGGGCAUGCUUCUAAACUUCUCUAUGCGGAACUCCAGUCCUUCCCUCAGCGAUGAGAGAGAGAGCAGCCUUUCAGACAUAGUACUUCAGAAUGAACUGAAAGUGGAACAGCUUACUAAAGACUGGUCGGAGGGUUGGAGGUAUAAGGGAGCUCUACUGGAGCAGUAUAAUGUGGACAUUAACCAGAACAGAGCAGGAGUUCAGAUCCAGUCUCUUCAGCCCCAUCUCGUCUCCGUGGAGCCAGAUGUCCUAAGCACAGGAGUCACUAUUUUUCAUCUCCAGAAUGGAAUCACCAGAAUUCAACCACAGGAUCCAAAAGAGGGUGAACCCCAUAUGAGUAUCAGCACCGGAGGUCUCAGCUUGUGA